UCCUGUCUCGAAGGAAGUGCAGAAUACUGAUUAAAGAUGUCUGGCCGUGGAAAGAAAGCUGUGUCCAAACCAAAAUCUGUGUCCCGGUCUUCCAGAGCAGGGCUCACUUUCCCAGUGGGCCGCAUCCACAGGCUGCUGAAGAAAGGCCAAUAUGCCAAGCGAAUCGGCAAUGGUUCAGCAGUGUACCUCGCAGCAGUCAUGGAGUAUCUCUGUGCUGAAAUCCUGGAGUUGGCAGGAAACGCUUGCCGUGACAACCAGAAGCGUCGCAUUAUUCCACGACACAUCUUGUUGGCAGUGAAAAACGACGCAGAGAUCAACACACUGCUGGCAGGAGUCAUAAUCGCUGAGGGUGGUGUCCUCCCAAACAUCCAUGCAAUCCUUGUCCCCAAGAAGACCAAGGCGCCUAGGGACGAGAAUCCAGCUAAAGAUGUUCGGUCGAAAUAGUUUUUAAUAAUAUACAUGUUUUACAAAUGUUAUAAUAAAGUGUUGUGUUUUUUAAA